UUGUCACGUGAGUUAGUGUGUCGUCCAAGAUGGCGGCUGUGGCCGUGGCAGCUGCUGCAGGACAAACUUCAAGACGAAAAUCUCGCCGUGCUUUGGCACAAUCCUUCCUUUCUCGAAUAUCACUUGAUGGAAACAUUGUACAAGAAAGAAAUGAGCCCACUUCAGGCCCGGGGACUCCUUUGAUGGAGAGAGAGUUGCCGAAAAAUGUCGCAGAACAGAAGACACUUGUUACUGCGGUGCAGUCUGUUGCUAAAACAAUCCCAAAUACUAAAGCUAUCCCCCAUACUAAACCUAAGUACAUGCACUCAUUCUCCGAGAAUGCUGCUAGUUUCGAGAGAGACAAACCAAGAAUAACGCGUAGUAAAGACAGUGAAUCUAUGAUUUGUAAUAAGACACUGACUCCAGAGACCGUCGGCUUUCGAAGAAGUUGUUCUGCGACAGAAUCUCUGAUGACAGAGAGCAGUUCAAGUUUUUCUGGAAGUGUUCACUUUAAUAGAGGAACGAUAAGACACAAAAUCACUUGUAUGUCUGGUUCUUCGUUUAAACUUAGAAGGAAGCUUCAUGAUAAAAGAAUUGUCUUAUGUUCACCUCGUAAAGUACCCUUCCUUACCUAUUCUGUGUUAAAAUACCAUCACGAAAAUAAAGAAGUUGGUGUCGAAGGAACAGGGAGAAAGAGAGCAUCAGCGCCCAAUAACCAGUAUCUUGGUAUUGAGGGUGUAGAAGUUGGAACAGGAGAUAAGACUGUUUCCUAUAGUUCUCUGCUUGUGCCUUCAUUUACCAAUGUAAAAUAUGUGGUAGGAGAUGCUAAAGAUGGGAUCCCGUUGCUGAUGCCACCUAUUGAUAGUCCAAUUGAAAGUUGUUUUGAUGAGUUGGAAUACCCUGGAUCUAUGGUAGUAGACAGAUAUGAGCCAUACAAACUAGAUGAUCCUGAAUUAACAUCUGGAAAACACAGAACAGUUCUGAAGCUUAGUUCAUACAUGGUAUCUGUAACUGCUUAUGCUAAGCCAUCAGAACUUAAGAAAGAUCUUAAUGAAAGGUUCAGAGAAAAGUUUCCAUACAUUGAUAUCACGCUAACAAAACUCAGAAGUCUCAAAAAGGAUUUAUUAAAAAUUGCAUUGUCACUGGACUGUCAACUGGACCUUACGACAGUUGCUUACGCUUAUGUUUACUUUGAAAAACUUAUAUUGAAGGGCAAGAUCAAUAAGCCGAACAGAAAACUUAUUGCAGGUUCUUGUUUGCUACUUGCUGCUAAAUUCAAUGAUGACAAGAGAGUGAGAAUCAAAGAUCUUAUAGAUAAAAUUGAAGAUAAGCUUAAAAUUCAAGUCAAAGAACUCCUUUUGUUAGAGUUCCAAGCACUGGUUGGUCUAGAAUUCAAUCUACAUGUGCCAACUUGGGAGGUUAUUCCACAUUUGAGGCGCCUGGAAACAGAAAUGCAAUAAAUAAUUGUCUUAGAUGAUGUCUGGAUUCUCAAGGACUUGAUAUUAAAGUACAUAGUACUACUGACAAUGUCAUGGAAAUGCUUUAAUUGACGACCACUAAAAUUAUAUUUUGUUGCAAUGACUAAUCAUGCAAUUCUGUGCAUGUUAUUGAAAAUGACUUUAAAAGUUCAUUAUGUAGAUUGAAAUUCAUUAUUGAGGGAUUUCCAAAAUUUGUCUUAUGGCACAAGAACUGCUUGAUGCAGUUCUCACUUGAGUCAGGUGUGCCAAUAAUUUUGUCCUUUUCUAGGCUUCGUAACUGUUACAUAUUUGAUCAUAAUAGAUUACCUAAUUUAAAAAAUAGAUUAUAGAUUAUAGUUAAGUUAUGCAAACUUAGAGUUGUGCAUGUGAACCAGUGCAAUUAGUCUUAAUUAAAGGUUGGUCAAUCUUUGGCAUAAUUGUUAAUGAAUAUAUUAGCAUGUAUUACCAGACUAUGUUAUAUGUUGGAAUUUUGUGCAUAGCAUUUUUAUAAAAAGAAGAUUUUGAUGCCAAAACAUUGUAAGAUAGCUUUUGAUCUUUCCUACAGAUUCACAUACAAUGCAUGGCUGCAAGGAAAGCUUAAUACUAAGAAGAUUUUAGUGACUUCUAUAUAUGAUAUGAUAGAGUGCAUGCACUAAAACCGUGAACAUUAAAUAGUACUAAUUAGUACUAUUUCAUACAGAAUCCUUUGUUUUCUAUUGUUUAAUUAUCACUAUUCAGUGCUAAAAAUUAGUAUUUGUUUCACGGAUUUAGUGUGACCCCUCUAUCAUAAUAUGGUAAUGUUCGAUAAAAAAUAUUUGCAAAACAUCUGAAUCAAGAUAUA